UAAAAGCCUAAAUUAUAGAACGACGAUGUAAUAAAUGUUUACUGUAUUAAAGUUUGUUGGUCUGUGCAACUGUGUUCAAAAUGGGUGAAAUUGUACGAAAAUAUCGCCCCAUAAAGCUGAUUGGCGUGAUUUUCACCUGUAUUGCUGUCCUGCUGGUGAUCAUCUCGGUGGCGGCGUCUGACUGGGUGGAUGUCACUUUCCGAUCGGGUAACCGGGAGCACAACACGUGGGGUCUGUGGGAGCAGUGCUACUCAUCACCCACCAACCCAACUCUUACGGUCUGCGUACACAAUGACUGGAUGGCUGCCUGUGCUGCUCUGACCCUGAUAGCUCUGUUUGCCUGUAUCGGUGCGGUCGGGCUGGGUAUCCUCGGCCUGUUUACACACAACAGGAUGUGGUAUGUGAUUGCUGGAGUACUCUGCACAUUUGCAGCUGUUGGUCUUCUGAUUUGCUCCAUAAUCUACCCUGUAAAGUUUUCUGAAGACAUCCAGUCACUAGAGAACGGUAAGUUGAUUCUCCGCUGGGACGUGGACUGGACAUACGGAGUGGGACUUGGUGGCAUGUUCUUCAUGGUGGCAUCAGCCGUCUUCUUCUUCCUCAAGCAGGAGGAGCAGGAUCUCGACACCUACUCUUCAGCUGCUCCUGCCUACAAUGUCAACAGUUCUUACACCUAACUACCAGUCAACAGCUCCUGCCUACAGUGUCAACAGUUCUUACACCUAACUACCAGUCAACAGCUCCUGCCUACAGUGUCAACAGUUCUUACACCUAACUACCAGUCAACAGCUCCUGCCUACAGUGUCAACAGUUCUUACACCUAACUAUCAGUCAACAGCUCCUGCCUACAGUGUCAACAGUUCUUGCACCUAACUAACCAGUCAACAGCUCCUGCCUACAGUGUCAACAGUUCUUACACCUAACUACCAGUCAGCAGCUCCUGCCUACAGUGUUGAAAUGAUGUUUUGGUGCAUUACAUCACGUAAAACUGUAUCAGACCUCAAUUUGUCUGAUAUGUGUUAUCCUGUCUGUGGAAUAUUAAUAUAACGGUUGACUAAUUAAAUAGUAGCCUACAUGUACGUGUGUGUGGCACAAGUGGUUUUCUUCUUGCAAUCUCAGGGUGUUCUCUUGGGGUUUGCUUCUACUUGCCAUUCGGGCAAGUCACGUCAACACUUUGACUGGCCAAUACAAUUUUUGAGUAGCCCCAUUUUUUUUUUUUUAAAGUAUUAUACUUGGCAUAGGAGAUCAGUUUCAAUGGGCAUACGCAACUUGGUUCUAAAGAAUAUCAAUGUUUAUAAAGAGGUGGUGGUUAUGCAAAUGAGCAUUAAAUUGACUGUUAUGUAGAAAAGUAUACCUCGUGAGCAUUAAGAACUGUUGCAGCAGCCAUAAAUAUUAGCAAUGUCACCCGUUUCAGUAACUAAAACAUUUAGUGGAUUCGAUUACAUUAAGAACUUUAAAAAAAAAAACCUGUUCAGUGUUUUAUCAAAACAUUUUAUGUUUGCUUGUUGUUCUUAUUUAUAAAAAUGUUUAUAAAUAAUUUAAGUUAUUACAAUCAUGUACCUUCAAUAACCAGAGAAUAGUACAGCUGACAACAUAAAAACCCAAAGAAAUUAAAAUGACGUUUACUUUGAAUUGUCCCCUCCUGAGUUAACCCAGUGUUAUCAGUGGGUUAAGUUCAAUCUUGAAUUUUUUUUUUGCUUGAUUUAAUCUCAUUUUUAGGACAUAUGUGUGAAUGUGACCUCAUUCAGCAAGCCUGUCUAUAAAAAACACGACACUUUUGCAAGUUUGUCUAUUAAAAAAAUCACACACAAUAUACAAAUGUAGAUACAAGACCUUAGGAACUGGGGUGUCCGGGUGCGAGGGGGUGCUGUCCCACAUUGUUUCCCCAUGCACCUCCAUUUAAUGAAACAAAAUUUAAAAACUGUGCCCCCCCCCCACACACACACACUCCAGAUAUUGUUCAUAUGGACCUGAGAUAGACUUGCCGAAAUGUCAUCCCUUUAAAUAUGACAGACACAUAUUUACUUUCUCCAUGCAAAUUUUAACUAUAUCGGAAAUCUGAAAUUGCCAGAUGUAUGUACUGUUGCGCAGUCGUUGCAUACACCGAAACAGGCUCUCCAAUAACACAGCGAACUGUACAAUAAAAACUUUUCAAAUCUGUCUUAUUGCACCUUUAUAUUUAUUGUCAUGUCAUAGGGUUUUAUGUGCACAUUCAGAACAAGCUAUAUUUAUUUAUUUUAUUUUAUUUUUAAAUACACAUCACAGAGCAGUCAAUUUUUAUCAUGUUUUUUCAUUGGAUGGUAUGGCUUUGGCAACUGGGUCAUCACCUAGAGCAGCCAAUCAUAUGCCUUUCAGUUGAUAACACAUAGAUGUAUGUGUUGUUGCCAUGUGAGAUCAUAAAUAAUUAGGGAUGGGUAUUAUUAAAAAUUUUAUAUCCUGAUAUUGGUUUCCUGUAUCAUCAAAGUACAUAAAUUAGUAUGUUAUUUACAGCACCAUCAACUGAUUCAAGUAUCCAUUGUGACUGUUGAGCUAUAUAUACAUAUAUAUUUGAUAGGUGAAAAAAUAUCUAGUACCAUGCCGGACUAUCGGUUUUGUGAAUCACAUAGCCAGAGUAGGAUUUUGGUUGCCAAACUUCUCCGAGCUAUUGCUAUGGUCUAGCAGAUCAAACAGACCAAAGAAUGUGUAUGAAACAAUGAUCUGUAACAUUAAUUAGUUGUGUUUUAUUAUCUUAAACUGAUCAGUUCAGGAUCAACUGUUGUUUUUAAUAUAUAGCAUUUGCUUUUAAUAAUUUUAACAUUCUGUUUCAUUCCAUUGUGUGCAGUGUAUGUUUGCAUCUACAUUUGUCAUCUUUUGUUAUAGAACAUAUGUUUGUUUUAGGAAAUAGUAUAGGCACACAUCACAUACUUAUGGGCAUCAUAUAUUAUGGUUAUUCAUAAAUGGUCAGUCCAUUUCAAAUCAACAAAUGGCCUGCACACUUUGGUUUCAGAUUCACCUGAAAUUUGUAUGAAAUAUUUCUGUCAUCUACGUGAAUAAAUCUAAAAUUUUGGCUCUGUAUUCCAAGUAGUUUUUGAGAAAUUGUCAUUUUGCGAAUCAUGGUAGAUGUUAAAUUUAGCUAAAACAAAUUGCCACCAUAAUUUUUAUCCUGUAUUUCAAGUCCCAUUAUCCCAGCAAAUAAUGUAGAUAGAAACAUGAAAUUUUGUAUCCAUGGGUAUUAAGAAGGUUAUAAAGGCCUCAUAUAUAGCAGACUGGUAGUUUUCAAUAACUAGUUCUACGGUACCAAAUGCUUGGAGAAAAUCUUAUAAAUUCCAUUUUAACUUACAGGCAGUGAUUUUUAGACUGUCUUAUUUUCCUCUGAUAAGUCCAUUCCAACUGCUGUAUAAAUCUUAACCAUUACCACAGUUACUGUAGUGUAAUGAUUAAUUACAUUCUUCUCACUGAAUCUCAGUUUGGAGAAACCAUAUUUUGUGAACACGUUUAAUAAUAAAGCCCCCAACAAAUCUUGCAAUUUAAGACUAUGUAUCUAUACUUUAUAAAAUUUGAGGGUGUUGAUUUUUAACCAUUUUACCCCCAGGAAAAAUUACUGAUAUGAUGUAUAGUAUUCAAAUGAAUCAGUGUCUUUAUGUAUGUAUGUAUGUAUAAUGUGUUAUAUACAUUUACAUAUGUACAUGCAUGUCUGUAGAAGAUUUUACUAUUGGUUGUGGGUUUUAUAAAAGUUUACACAAUGUAGAUUGUUAUAGUGCAAAAUGAGUUCUUUUCUAGUUAAAAUCUUGUUAUAGUUGUUGAGUUUGAAUACACAUAUCAAUAACAAUAUAAUAUGUGUGUAUAUAUGCGUAUUAUUAAUAUUUCUGUUAAAUUUUUAAGUCAAAACAUUUUGACAAAAGUUAUUAAUGUUUUGAAUAGUUUUAUACAUUUGUAUUCAGAAUUUAGCAUGUACGUUUGCAUCAACAUUCCAUAGUACAUAUCCAACCAGUGAAAUUGUGCUUUCACUGAACUGAUUUUCUUUUCACAUUGUGUGCAUAUCAGAGAUCUUACUUCAAAACAAAUCAGGCAGAGACAUUUUGAACUGGUAUGCAUAUGCAAUGAUAUUUAAUGCACAUUAUUGCUUAAUAUUAACAAGUUCAUUGCUGUAUUUAAUUAAUAAAAUAGUAAAAAUGUGACCACUAUUAUAUAUAAUUAUAUAAAGGUAAAGACAAGAAAAUGAAAAAUAAAAGAUGCAACUUAAAGUUGUAUGUAGUGUACGGUAGUUUUAUAUUAAUAUUUUCAAUUGAAAUUUAAGAAACUUAUCUAUUUAUCAGUGGUUUACUUAUAUUUUGCAGUUUAAAGGCAACCACUUAUUAUUUUAGGGAGUUUUGCAAUUACAUAACGAUAACAUGUGCUUUUGUACACAAUAACGGAGUGGACGUUUUGGGUAUAUCAUUUUAACCACAAACUUAUCUAAUGCAUCUACAUGGCCAAAUAUAUCCAGUGAUGAUGAUUUUUAUGUGGUAUGUUGGAGCAAAAACGACCAUCAAGAUACCCAAGUGAUAAUUUUCUUUUCUUUAGGACUACGUAAUUGGUCAGUAUUUUGAUUUUAGAUGGGAAAGUCUACUUAAUCAAGGGUUUUACAUAAUUAUUUACAGUAAUAAAGCAGGACGGCUGAUAAUGUCCAUUGUCAUUUUAGGGUUGGCAGGUUAUCCCACAAUACCCUAUGAUCUUAAUAAAACAGGCACAUAUGUUUUUGUGUCUAGACAGGACUAAGUAAUUACCUUGACUGGAUACCAUACAAAUACACAUCUGCCAACAGCAACCACAGGUACAGGCCAUGGAAAGAAAAGACCAGUUAACUAAGAAAACACUAUGAUUAUCAUUUUAGUCGGUGGGUUAAUGUAUGGACAAAACAUAACACAGUUAUAUCAACACUUUGACAAUGGUGGUUUAUUUUGUAUUGAAAAAUAAUAUAUACAUAUUGCUGGUUUACUGGGAUGGAUAUUAUUACAGAACACUCCAAUACAUCCGCAAAAAUCAGGUGUUUGUAUCUUCAGUUCUAAGACUAAUUCCUGACGUGACGUAUCAUGUAUGACAUAUCAAGUAUUACAUAACCACCGGCUCCCCAGAGGGCAUAGUCAGUGGGAUGGUACCAAAUAUCUGUGCCCGUUAUAUAUAAUAGCCCUGACAUUUAACUGUUUUAUUAAUUAAAUAUAAGAUUAUACUUGUUGAUAUUAAGCAAGAAUGUGCAUUAUAUAUGUUGAAUAUGCAUAUCAGUCCAAAAGCCUUGUUUAAGCAUUCCUUUAAGUACUGCUGUAGGUUGUCAAAUGCACUAAUCAGACUGAGUAUAAUCCUAGUUUUAACCUGAGAAAUUGUGUGGCAUGUCCAAUAUUUUGAGGUAUUGGUAUGUUAAAAAAAAAAAAAGGUAUGUUAAAUUGAUUGAGUUUGAACAACUUGCUAGUUCUAGCAACUGUCGAUUAAAAAUAUUAGCAGUUAAAGAGUAUUCAGUUAUUUUUAAACACUACGGCAUAUAUUUCACUAUUAGAUCUGUUUUUGAUAAUUGAAAUCAGACAUUACUAAUGUUUUACUGUUCAGAUUAUCUAUUUCCAUAUCUCUGAGUGUUUCUGGUCAUCCUGGUGUCUGUAAUGCUGCCAAAUGCAUUCUCUAUAAUUCGAAAAAUGCACAUACCUUUGAUAAGUAAUGGAAUCUAUUUUUAGAGGGUAUUUUCCCAUUUCAAUUUUGAUUAGACAAACUUAGCGUCCAUUUUCACAUGCUGAAACUUUAGUCUGCUCUUUAAACAGAUUAUCAUCAUUAUGUUCCAUGUUGAUGUUGUUUUACUGUAUCCAACUUUACUGCAAAGAUUAUGAUCCAGAGAAUAGUUUUCAUAUCACUGACUAUUGAAAUAUUAAUAUUUUUAAUACCAUAUGCGUCCAUCCAUAGAAUAUCUAUUCUUCUUAUUAUGUUUCUAUUGUAUGUCUUUCUUCCAAAUGUUUUUGUAUGUCUUUCUUCCAAAUGUUUCUAUUGUACUUUUGUAUGAAUUGAAAACUGAUGACUUGUUAUAGCUUCGGGUGUUAAAGCUAGAGGUUCCAUAGUAGCUUUAGGAAUGUUUAUUUACUUCUUGUGUUCAGAAUGUGUUUUAUAUUAGAGAUGUCAACCAGUGCAUUGAUAUUCCUGCAUAGUAUACAAACAAUGCAUGUGAUACUAAACAUAUCAGGAAUACCUCACUUGUUGGUAAAGGGGUAGGUUUUCUGUUUAGUUGAUCAGUGUUUGAAAUGAGCACUAGCCCUUUUUGUCCUGACAAGUGAUAAGCUGCGGGACAAGCAAAAUGUACCCUAGAGAUUGUCCAGUGGACAAGUUAAAAUUUCAUUUUGAGCAGCGAAAAACACUGUCCUUGCUCUUGAAUAAAACUUAACAACUUCUUUGGUACAUGUAAAAAUAUUGAUGGACAAGUAGAUUUGUCCGGUGGCCUAGUGACAAAUUAUGCUUAUUUCUAUCACUAUUGGUGUAUUACAGGGCUCAAACAUAACAGUUCAUCUCACACACUAAUUUUUAAAAGAAUUGCCAUAAGUGAAACGGCUUACUGAUGGCAAUUUUGGGCCUGCCUAUGGCAAUAUUUUUAAAAAAGUGACAUUAAUUUGCAGCAAAUAAACAUAACUAAAAUGAUUUUUGUUGUAUGUAGACAUUUCAAAUGUGCAAAUGUUAAAUACUGGCAGUUAAUGUACACCAGGUAUAUACAUUUUGCCAUUGUUGAGGAGCUUUACCUACGGCAAUUUAUAUCUCAACGAUGGCAAUUGCCUUAUGUUAAGUUGGAGCCCUGUAUUAUAUAAAAUGGCUUAAUUGUCAUUUGUUGGGAAUCAUUUAGGUACAGGUAUAUGCAGGUAAAUGAAAAAAGAUAUCUGAUUUUAAAUCUAAAUUUAUGACUAAAAUGUGAUUGUAUCUUACUGGUUUGAUUUAUAAUAUACAUAUAUUAAUUUAUUUAUUUUAAGUGUUAAUUUAUUACUGUUUGAUUCCCAGAUGGAAUUGUCAGGGGUUUGUUCACUGAAAUACUUGUGGUUGAAGGAAAUCAUGUCUCGGUACUUUGUUGUAGUCAUCAUUAAUAACUUAAUAUCUCUGUUAAAAUAUUUUGUUUGAUGAAGUCUAUGAACAUUUCAUUGCAUGAAUUUGUUAUUGUUACUAAAAAUUACUGCAGUCUUUUAAGAAACAAACAAUAGUGAAUUUUCCAGAAGUCAUAAAAAAUGUACACCAGUAAGUUUUUCUUUAUUAACAUUACAUUGAGUAACUAACAACUGUGCACAAUAAACAUAAUAAUAAUAGUAGUAGUAAUAAUAAUAAUAAUAAUAAUAAUAAUUAUACAGUGUAAAUUUGAGGAAGACUAUGACUAAUGUAUAAAUGUCUCAACAGAGUUUUGAGAGCGUCUAAACAAUAACCUCGAAGUUAAAAACACUGUCCAGAAUUCACCGUCCUUAUUAUAAUAACAAGUUUCUGAUUAACAUAGCCUUAUUAACGAUUGCAAUGAUGUAUUAAAUACUUUUUCGUAUUUAGGAUAUUAGUGUCAGUAUUCAGUGUAUUGGUGGUGGUUCUCUUUGACGGUAUAUGCAUGUAUAAUCAAAUACAUUUUGAGCUAUUAAAACUAUUAAGACAUUCAGAAACACGAAUGUACAAAACUGAUAUUCUAAAAAAGAAGAGAUAUUUAAUAUAUAAUGUUAGUCGUUACUAAGGCUCAGUUCUUAGCGAGCAUCCUGGCAGUGACAGCAGACUGAAGACAGUCUCUUGAGCACAUAGUAUUUCUUCACGCCACUGGUAAACUGGACGAUUUCGCUUUAUAACUCAUAACAUACUUACACAGGUGUAUGUAUAGAACUGACAUAUCAGCUGAAGAGUGCUAGUAUUUUGUUUCUAUUUAGUUUAGUUUAGAGAUGGAUAUUUUUGACAGAUGUCACCACAGGCAUAGUCAAGGUAGGGAGACAUGGGAGCGGUACCCCACCCCGACCCUUCUUUCCCACCUUAUUUUGCCGGUUGCCUCACAACACGAUUCUUAAACAUUGUGGAUGCCUGCCUAGUAUAAAAUCCAGUAGAUGUAGUAUACAGUGAUGUGAGAUUUCGGAGUUUUCGCGGAAUUUCGCGUUUUCAUGACCCAAAUUCAGCAUUUUUUUUUUUUUCCGCGAAUAAAUAAAACUAUACAUUUAACGGUUUUGUCCGACUUUUAAGCUUUUUACCGGUAUUUCCGUCUUUUAAUCAACACGGAAGUCAUUCGACUUAUCUCCCUUCCCGCACCGAACAGUAACGAGGUUUGCCGAGAUUUUCUGUUGUUAGGCGACAUUUCAUUGGUUCGUUUUCGCCAACCGUGUAUAGCGUUAGACAAUUAGCCCGCAUUUUGUGAAGCGGCAAUGGCAACACGGCGCAAAGAUAUCGUGAAGAAAUCAGAUAAAUUAAAACUUGACGUAAACGUAAAAAAUCCCUGGCGAUGGGAAUGGCUAGAGAAACAGGUGGACGGUGUUCAGUUAGAAAGCGUUUUUGAGAAACUGUCGGCAAGUGGAAAAGCCUAUUGCAAAAUUUGUCAGAAGGAAAUCAAAUACGCCAAGCGGGGUCUUAACACAGUGAUUUAACACACUUCACAAAUUUGUUAAGUACCAUUAUAUGACAAUUUUUGUGAUAUAAAUAGAAAAAAUAGCUCCUCCUUCAGGGGGGCGUUGCCCCUUGAUCACCCCACCGGGGCGUUGCCCCUGGAACCUAGUCGGGGCCUGUCGGCCCCAGACACCACCGAACAAUUUUCAGAGUUUUUGACAUUUGGUCACUCACAUCCCUGAGUAUAGACUUGUACAACUAUACUUGGGUAAAUUCUCUUUCACAGUGUAUCUCAUUUUGUAAUACGCUUAGGUGUAUGAACAAUUUAUUUGUCCACUGUACAAAAGAGAAGAUAACGGGGUUUUGGAAUCUUAUUCUUGUCGAAUAAUUUACAGAUUGUUUAUACAUAUUCCAAUGAGACCAUUCGAUACGACGGUCAUUUAAUUGUAAUACUGUGUCUACACGUAUGCAGUAAACAACAACCAAACAAAAGAACGAAAUCUCUAAAACGUUGUGUGAUAAUUAUAAAAUUUCAAGUUCUUUCAGCCAGCCAUACUCGGGGCAAUCUGGCUCUCUAAUUAUCUGUGUGAUAUAUAGAGAAUAAUACAUGAGUGACCGUUAGAUUCCAUUUAUCUCACAGCGAGUCGCUUUAAAAUGUAUCUAAACAUCCAUUCAUUUAAAAUGUAUCCAACGAGCGAACGCGAGUUUGAUACUUUUAUAAACAACAAGUUGUGAGAUAAAUGGUAUCUAACGGACACGAAUGUAUUAUUCUAUUUCUUACAUAUCCGCAAAAAACAGGUUUUGAGCAAAUUGUAACAUCUUUUUGGACUAAAAGUUAUUUACAGACAUUGCACUUCUAGCUGACUUACGCGUCACAGACACGUGAUUGUCACGUUAACUAUACGUCACAAUCUAAUCAUUUCCAUCGCGCUGGGUUUUUUGUUGGACGUGUUGCAUUGGUGACAUGGGCCCCGUUCCACGAAGCGAUCUUAGCCCUAAGAUCAGCGUAACUGCACAGCUAACAUAUGCACUUACGGUGAUCUUAGCGCUAAGAUCGCUUUGUGGAACGGGGCCCUGGUCAUCACCUAGGAACAGCCUGUCGUAUGUGUUGAAAUUGUUAACACAUGUACAUGUGUUGAGUAUGUCCUCACCAACGGAUGUGUAAGAAAGAUCUUAGUUUAACAGUAGCUUUGUAAUAUUAAUAUUAAACAGCUAUUCUGAAGUUAAGAUGGAUAUCAAAUAUAUUAGUAAAAACCGCCGCACUCUGAGGAAGGCAACUUGCUGACGAUGAACACGUUUAAGAUCUCCAAGUUUGGGAUUUUCCUGUAAUUUUUGUUUUAGAAUGACAUACAUGUUCUUGGAAAUUAUUUUUAAUAGCGACUUGAAAUAGAUGUUUAGAUAAGUUGUUAUCUUAAUUUGAAUCAAGAACAUCAAUAUGUAAUUUUAUACCAUACUUUUAUGGACUGUCUUCUAGUUUACGGUUGUGACUUUAGAGUUGUAUGUGAUAUGUAUGUUCUGGUUGUUUUGUUAUAUGACUUAUUUAUCAUUACACAUGUAUGUGCUUUUUGUAGGCUUUUUAUGCAUGGAAUUAACUUUUAUUUAAUAUCAACAUAUGGCAGUUUUGCUUAGCAGCUUUAGAAUGGCAUAUAUUACUAUUGUUAAUAUUUAUAAAAAACACUAUUUUUUAAACAAAUGUUGCAACAAUGUGCAACUUAGAAAUUUAUAUUACGAAUGUACAGACUUCUAUUUAUAGUUGUAAAAUAAAAAAAAUUAUAUUAAAAAA